UGCAAUCAACGACUCCAGUAUGACAAAGAAAGCGCAACCUGGUGAAGGGAUGUACGCUGAUCUUGGGGAAUUUUAUCAGAAGGCACCCGCCCCUCCAACCACACCGGUUACAAUGCCUCCUGAAUACGAGAAAACAGAAUAUGCAGAAAUAAGUCAAUUCCUUCGCGGACCAGUCAAGACAGAUGAAGAGAAGGAAGACGAAUCAAAUAAUGACGGAAACUCGUCCCCCGACAAAGAUUCAUCCCCUGACAAGGGCGAAGAUCCAUCACCUGAUAUGGGCGAUGCUGGUGACAGAAACAGUAGCGGACCGGUAGAAUUUCUCGUGGACAUUUAAUGGAAGAUGACAGUGGUAAGAUGUUGGAAUUUGCUUCUCUCUCAAGUAUUUCAGAGCUCAGUAUCGACGUAACUGUUCUCCUGAGGGAUGUGUUAGCUAUUCCAACAUGAAGAGCACUUGUGCAUCUGCUAUAAUAAACCAUUGUUAAACUGUCGGCAUUGCUGUCGUAGCGCCUGCAAAAAUCGCAAACCUUGUCGAAUUUCUGUCAUUUUUUGCUUUUCAGCAGCCGCUUGCCUUCCUCAAUGGGCUCGAAUUUAGCAGUGUAAGCAAAUGACGAAAGCAGAAUGUCUUCAUAGCUCAAAUUAUAACUUUACCUUUAGUUGCCUUUUGUAUCUCGUUUCAAAUUCAUCACCUUAGCUCAAGAGAAAGAGUAAUUGAAAUUCAGACUUAGUUCAUUUUGAAUUACAAUACACCUAACGUUUCGUACAUUUUGGUUUAUGUUGACGUCCAUCUCCUUCACUUGUUUAUUCAUGUGUGAUUGUUUGUUUACUUUUGAGCCGGCGUUUGUCGGUCUUACUGAUGAAUUGUCAUUAUUUACUUGAGGUUGUGGCUGAAUUUAUACCCUUACUGGUACAACAAACCACUUUAUUCGAUAAUUAACUUGUGAUAUUUUAUGUUUUGUUUUGUUUUUUGUUUGCUUGUUUGUUUGUGUGUUGUUGUUGUUGUUUUUUUUGGCAUUAAUUACUAAGUCGCAAGAGUGUUGUGAAUCAGAUAAUUAACGUACUGUAGUCCUGAUGUACCUUAGCUAUAAUGACCCAUUCGCUCAGCGUUCUUCUUGAAAGAACAGACAACACUUGGCAACCGAUAGCAGCAAUAACUCAGGGUGGCCU